CCGAGACUUUUAUUCUGUUUCGCGUCUUCCGUCUUUCUGUUUCCGGUUGCGAUCAGACCGUUGAAAUGCCUCAAGGUAAACAGAAAUUCAAGGCGCCGCGACCCGGAGGAGCUAAAAAGCAACCACAAAAACCUAAAGGACUCAAGAAAGGAGGAAGAAUAAUCGCACCCAAAAAAGCUCAAGUGGUCGAACAGCAGAAGCUGAAGAAGGGUUUGGAGGUGGCCAUCAGGAACAGGAUCGAGCAUGAAGUCACACAGAGGGCCAGCAAGUCCCUUCAUAAGAAACUGAGUGUGCUGAAGACUCCAGCAGGGAAGAGCGGGACCCCUGGACCCCCAAACCCAGCUGCUGGAUCCUCCACAUCCACCUGAAGACAGGCGCAUCAUGUAGUGCACUGUACAGCCAUAUAAAACCUGAUGUGUACCUCUCUCUGGACUGACAGACUGACGUUUAUUCUUCUUUCUCAAGGUUUUUUAAAGAAAACACGGUGUGGAAAUUACAUAUGACAAAUCUUACAUGUGUGCGACAGGACAUGAUAUUUAAGACUCUGCUUAUUUUUAUAUAAUAAGAAAUGAUUGAGCUUUCAUAAUA